AUGUUUACCGGCCUAGUUGAAACCAUUGGCACUGUCUCCGCCCUGGAGGAGCGUGAUCAGACGGCUUCCGGUGGUGGCGGGACCUCAUUGACUAUUUCGGGAUGUGCGGACAUUCUGGUGGAUGCGCAUCUGGGCGACAGCAUCAGCGUCAAUGGCACGUGUCUGACAGUCACCGAGUUCGACCAGUCAACGUUCAAGAUUGGAUGCGCUCCCGAAACGCUGCGGCGCACCAAUCUCGGAUCACUCAAGAAAGGCUCCAAGGUCAACCUAGAGCGUGCUGUCUCAGCCAGCACGCGCAUGGGCGGCCACUUUGUUCAAGGCCAUGUCGAUACAACUGCGACCAUUGAAUCGGUCACUCCCGACGGCAACGCCCUGACGUUUCGUUUCAAGCCCAGAGAGACAGCAGUCCUGCGUUAUAUUGUCGAAAAGGGCUACGUGACCAUCGAUGGGGCCAGCCUCACCGUCACCAGGGUCCAAGACGGCCCACAAGGCUGGUGGGAAGUAAUGCUCAUCGCGUACACACAGGAAAAGGUCAUCACUGCAUCCAAGAAGCCGGGUGACAUUGUCAACGUUGAAGUGGAUCAGGUUGGCAAGUACGUGGAGAAGAGUGUGGAAGGCUACUUCGAGGGCACUGCAAAGGGCGAGUUUGCUAUAUUGGAGAAGAUGGUGUCAAGACUGGUCGACGAGAAGCUCAAAGCACUCGGCAAGUAG